UCUUCGAAAGUCAGAAACCUCAAAAGAACCUCAAAGCAUAAUUCAGUAAGCAAAAAAAAAAAAAUGGAGCAACCAUUACCAAAGAGCUGGAGCAUCCAUACCCGACCCGAGAUCAUCGCCAAGUACCAGAUCCUGGAGCGCGUGGGUUCAGGCGCUUACUCCGACGUCUACAGGGCGCGUCGUCUCUCCGACGACCUCAUCGUCGCCCUCAAGGAAGUCCACGACUACCAAUCGGCGUUCCGCGAAAUCGAGGCCUUGCAAAUGCUUCGGAACUGCCCAAACGUCGUCGUCCUGCACGAGUAUUUUUGGCGGGAAGACGAGGACGCCGUGCUCGUCUUGGAGUUCUUGAGGACCGAUUUGUCGGCGGUCAUCCGCGACGCGAAAAAAAAGGAAGGCGGGGUCCGAGUCGGUGAAGUUAAAAGGUGGAUGCUUCAGAUUUUGUGCGGUGUCGAUGCGUGUCAUCGGAAUAUGAUCGUUCAUCGGGAUUUAAAGCCCGGUAAUCUGUUAGUUUCCGAUGACGGUGUUCUUAAGUUAGCCGAUUUUGGUCAGGCAAGGAUACUCAUGGAAUCUGGAUUCGAUGGUGACAAUAACCAACAAGUGCCGGUUGAGCAAAACAUAGGAUAUCAGGAAUACGUACCUCCACCACUAGUCACAGUCCCUGAUGCUCACAGUUUGCCAAAUCAAGGAUGUAAUAACCAAGCAGAGGAAGUUACGAAUAGAGAAGAAUAUCUUAGACAGUUAGUUGAGCUUAAAGCAAAACGACAUGCCAUGGAUGAAGCUGACAAGGAAACAAAUACUAAUGACGGAUACUCAUCUUGUCUUGCAACGGGUACGAUAAGUGACAUUGACGACGAUCCUCUCAAGAGUUCUUACUCAUACGAGGCCGAAGAGGGUGGGGAUGACAGAACUGGUGCUCUCACAUCUUGUGUUGGUACUCGCUGGUUCAGAGCCCCGGAACUACUCUAUGGCUCGAUAAACUAUGGACUAGAGGUGGAUUUGUGGUCAUUGGGUUGCAUUUUCUCAGAGCUCCUAACCCUUGAGCCGCUUUUUCCUGGGGUUUCUGACAUCGAUCAGCUUGGCAGAAUCAUCAAUGUUUUAGGGAACUUAACCGAAGAAGUCUGGCCAAGCUGUUCUAAACUUCCCGAUUACAGAACCAUUUCUUUUGCCAAGAUCGAAAACCCAGUCAGUUUAGAAGCUUGCUUACCCAACAGGUCUCCGGAUGAAAUCUCUAUUGUCAAAAGACUUGUUUGUUAUAACCCAGCUAAUCGAGCUACUGCAAUGGAACUGCUGAAUGACAAGUAUUUCAAUGAAGAACCUCUUCCACUUCCUGUUUCCGAGCUGCAUGUACCUCUCACAAAGAAUGACCAUGAUGAAGAUUCACCCGGUGGGUGGAACGAUUAUGACGGCAUGGGAUCUGACUCCGAUUUCGACGAUUUCGGACCUUUUAAUGUCAAGACCACCAGCAGUGGUUUCUCUAUACAAUUCUCUUGAGUCUUGGUCUGUAUUUGAGGUAUAGUGAAUGCUUUGAAUUAUUAAAUAUUUCAUUUUGUUUUAAGGUAUAGUUAAAAAAGUUAAACCUGAAAUUAGGGAGAUUAAAAUUAUGAACCCUGUCUGAACUUGGUGGUUUUAUGUAUGUUAAAAGUUGAUUUUGUAAUUAGUA